GCUGCGGCUGCGGGAGAGGCGGAUCCCAGCUCUGCUCCGCACCGCAGGGACAGUGCUGCGAGCGGGCAGCGCCGUCAGAUGGGCAAAGCGGACCGCUGCUCCUCAGCAUACAAAACCACCCCCAGAAAGAUGCUGAACAGCCGGGGAGGGAUCGUUCGCGUUUAGUGGAAGGUGGGAAAUAGAAAUUCUUUUUAUUUUGGGAGUGGGGUGGGGAACGGGAAGAGAAAAACAGAGUCCCGUCGGGAAUUUUUUUUUAAUUUGGAGUGUGUGCGUUUGGGGGUGAGGAAGGGGAGGGGGGGGUUGUUUGAACGAAAAUGACUAAAAACGCGGAAGGCUCGAGGGAGGAGCUGUGCAAAAUCGCGGACGAAGAGCUGAUGAAGUGGAGCAAGGAGGAGCUGGUGAGGAGACUUCGGAGAUCGGACGCCGAGAAGAUGACGGUGAUGAUCGACCACAGUAACCUGAUCAAGGAGGUGAACCGGCGGCUGCAGGUCCACCUAACCGAGAUCCGAGGGCUCAAGGAGGUUAACCAGAAGCUGCAGGAGGACAACCAGGAGCUGCGGGAUCUCUGCUGCUUCCUGGACGACGACCGGCAGAAGGGCAAGAAGGUGUCCCGGGAGUGGCAGCGGCUGGGCAGGUACACGGCGGGAGUGAUGCGCAAAGAAGUUGCCCUGUACUUGCAGAAAAUGAAGGAGCUGGAGGUGAGGCAGGACGAGGUGGUGAAGGAGAACCUGGAACUGAAGGAGAUGUGCCUGAUGCUGGACGAGGAGAAGAGCGCGGGCAGUCGCAGCUCCAUAGACAGCCAGUCCAGCCUUCUCCACCUGAACGCCACAAGUGGUUUGAGGGACCUGGGAGACGGCAGCAGCACCUCCAGCACGGGGAGCACCGACAGCCCCGACCACCACAAACAGUUAGCAGCGGGCAGCCCCGAGCACCUCCAUAAGCACCGCGCUCCGACCGGGGGCAGCCCCGAGCACCAGAAGCACACGCUCGGCACCGGCAGCCCCGAGCUUCUGCCCAAGCACAUGGUCAGCUCCAGCCCCGACCGCCCGAAGCACGUGAUGGUGGGAACUCCGGCCCCGGAGCAUCUGCAGCAGCACCGAGGCGGCAGCCCCGAGCGCCUUAAGCAACAUUACGGUGGCAGCCCCGAGCAUGUGAAACACUUGGGCGGCAGCGGCAGCAAGGAAGGGACUCUGCGGAGACCGUCGACGGCAGCGGCAGCGCCAGACGAGCUUUCGCCUCAUCACAGAAGUGUGUACAAUGGGAUGAAUGAGCCAGCAGUUACUUACGUCAAACAGCUGGAGACCAGAGUGAAGCAACUAGAGGAAGAAAACCGAAUGUUACCCCAGGCUCCGUAUAGGCGGAUGUCAGGAGUUGAUGGGACAUUGUCAUCUCCAAGUCAUCAAGGUGUAAAAUGUGGAUAUAAUUCAUCGCCACAGAAACCUGAAGCUGUAGUUCACGCUAUCAAGGUCGUGGAAGUUCAUGAAAAAGACAAAGAAGAAGACUACGAGAAUGACCUGAGUGAAACAGAGAAAGCAAUAGUCAGAGAAAUGUGUAAUGUGGGUAAAUUGUGCCGCAGCAUUCAGCUGUUGCUGUGUCUGCCACCUAACUCUCAUUUAGUGGAUCCUUAGUCCUUGAAAAUGAGCACAGCCAGUAAGGAUAAGAAUUUAACAAAACACUUGUUAUACUUUUAUUAGACAGCUUUUUGUAAAGGAGAAAAAGUCCAGUUAAAAAAUUAGUUUUUCUUGUUUCAUUGCAGGCAUAAGCAGACACGUUAACACACUUAGGGUGUUGCUCAUAAUAUUCUCCAUACUAAUCCAAAAGUAUGAACCUAAUGCUAACUUCAUAUACACAUCUUAAUUUCACGUUACCAUUGUAAUAGGUAUAACUAGUUUCUAGUUUUUAGAAACUGGUUGUGGGAAAGCUUAGAUUAUGAACCUUUCACGUGGAUUUAAAAUCCAUACGAGAGAUGUUUGUCCUGAGGGGAGUGGAGCUCAACUCCUUUAACACAGGAAUCUAAUCAAAUGUUUUUUAUAGCCUAGUGAUUCCUAAGUCUUGUGUAAACUUUAGGUGCCUCAAAUAUUUACCCACAAAGGCAAUGUUAGUGAAAAUGAAAUUGCUUCAAUGUUUUUACGAAAUUGACCAGUAUGUGAAUGGAUAAUGACAUUUUUAGAUAGUUUAAUUAGAUCUGCAUCCAAAGUGGCGAUGCGUAAUCAAUGACUCAAGACAAUGCAUCAUCACUAUUUUGCAAAAUCUGUCAGGUGUUGUACUGAUAUCUAGUGAACUACCUACACAAACCUGUAAGCAACUUAUUUUCAAGGGAGUGUUUUCAUGAAAUGAAUGAAGAGUGUUGUUAUGAUUAAGCAGGCGAGAUUUUCAGUCUGUAGAAUACCAAACAGACUCAUGGAAAUUUGAAAAUGUAAAUUUUUAGGCAAAAGGCAAAGGAUGGACUUUUCCAUGAGUAAUGCAAUGAAGAGGAUUAUGACAUUAACACUGCUUGCUGGCCAUGGUUCUGAAUUUAACAGUGAAUAGCUGUCCCAAGCUAUCUGCUGGCAUUUCUGAGUUUAAAGCAGAAAUGAGUAAUUGUAAGAGAGACUUACUAUACUGCUUCUAUCAGACCCAUUCUAAAACAAACAUAGAAUAGAUGAAAAGUCCAGGUCUUUUGAGCCAAAUAUUAGAAUCAUAGAGUUUUAGAGACACAGAGUCAUACAGUAUGGAAACAAACCCUUCAAUCCAACCCAUCUGUGCUGACCAGGUAUCCCUAAACAAAGUUGUCCAUUUGCAUGCAUUUGAUCCAUAUCCCUCUAAAUCUUUCCUAUUCAUGUACCUGUCUGAAUAUCUUUUAAAUGUUGUGGCUGUACUUGCAUCUACCAGUUCCUCUGGCAGUUUAUUCUAUGUAAGAACCACCAUCUGUCUGAAAACAUUGUCCCUCGGGACCCUUUUAACACAAUAUUUUCACACAUAGACCUCAAAACGUUGCCCUGCUAUUAAUAUCACUGCUUGCAUUUUAAGUGCGACUUACACGACAGCAGUGCAUUCGAGAAUAGAUUUUAGUUUUUUCACAAUGCUGCAAACAUGAGUUGUAAAUUAAUUGCUAAAACCCAUUGCUGAAAGAUACUCAGCGUUUUGUUGAGAGAUCCAGGAUUGAUAAAAGGUGGUGGACACUGAGAGCCACCUAUCUACCCAUUCCUCCAACCCCUCUCUUCCUUUACGAGUUCCGCCAUAGCACAGGAUCUGUCCUGGUAGCACUCACCCGUGCUGGGCCAUCCACAAUCCUGAGCCUCAGAUGAGUAAAAUUUCAUCUCCCUGGUGAUUGGCCAUAAUGAUAUAGCUCCUGUGCAGUACCUUAAACAUUUGGGAAUUAUCUGAAGGAAUUGUAAUUCCAGAAGAAUUAUUUUUAGGUAGCAUCUGCUAUAUCCUCUUACAUAGUCGUCAGUUUUCAGGUAAUGCCCCUUUCAGGUAAUGCCCCUUUCUCAAAAAAACGUCUUUCUGUUGUGGGCAAGAUGAAACUACAAAACCUACUGCAAAAUUAAUCUGUUUGCAACAAACAGCUACACCUCCCAUUCGCGAAACAUUUCAAUUCCUCCCCCCACUCCUCGGACGACAUGUCCAUCCUGGGCCUCCUGCAUUGCCACGAUGAUGCCACCCGAAAGAUGCAGGAACA